AUGGCUGCUUGUCGCAGCCCGCUUCGAGCAGCGACCGAGGGAGGAAACAGAGGGCGUUUCCUUCGUGGCAAGAGGGUUACGUACAUUCUCAUUGGAAUGUGUGAUUGUCUUUUGAUGGCCGAAAGGUUCGGAAACAAUAACAACUACAUGAACAUGGCAGAGGCAAAUAAUGCAUUUCUUGCUGCAAAUGAGACGUUCCACACGCCGAGCCUCGGGGACGAGGAGUUCGAAAUCCCACCCAUUACCCCCCCGCCCGAGUCAGACCCUGCGCUGGGGAUGGCAGACAUACUGCUGCCCUUCCAGGGCCUCAGUGACCAGCUGCCUGCCCAAGGAAGUGAAUUUACACCUCAGUUUCCCCCCCAGAGCCUGGAUCUUCCCUCUAUCACGAUAUCCCGAAAUCUCGUGGAGCAAGACGGCGUCAUCCACAGCAAUGGAUUGCAUAUGGAUCAGAGUCACACACAAGUUUCCCAGUAUCGCCAGGAUCACUCUCUGAUUAUGAGAUCUAUUGUCCAUAUGACUGAAGCUGCUCAUUCGGGAAUUAUGCCUCCUUCUCAGCUAACCACCAUUAACCAGUCUCAGCUAAGUGCGCAGCUGGGGCUAAAUUUAGGAGGCACUAAUUUGCCACACACUUCUCCCUCCCCUCCUGCAAGUAAAUCAGCCACUCCUUCCCCAUCUAGCUCUAUAAACGAAGAAGACGCAGAUGAAUCGAACAGAGCUACUGGAGAAAAAAGAGCUGCCCCAGAUUCUGGCAAGAAGCCCAAGACUCCAAAGAAGAAGAAAAAGAAAGAUCCCAAUGAGCCACAAAAGCCAGUGUCAGCGUAUGCCCUUUUCUUCAGGGAUACACAAGCUGCAAUUAAAGGGCAGAACCCGAAUGCUACAUUUGGAGAGGUUUCAAAAAUAGUGGCUUCUAUGUGGGACAGUUUAGGAGAAGAACAAAAACAGGUAUAUAAAAGAAAAACCGAAGCUGCCAAAAAGGAAUACCUAAAGGCACUUGCUGCCUAUAGAGCGAGCCUUGUUUCUAAGGCUGCUGCAGAAUCUGCUGAGGCCCAGACAAUUCGUUCUGUUCAGCAAACAUUGGCAUCCACAAAUUUGUCUUCCUCCCUUAUUCUGAAUACUUCUCUUUCUCAACACGCGACCCUAUCGGCAUCUCCUCAAACUCUUCAACAGUCCCUUCCCAGAGCAAUCGCUCCAAAACCCUUAACCAUGAGACUACCGAUGAAUCAGAUUGUGGCUUCUGUUACCGUUGCACCGAACAUGCCAACAAACAUUGGAGCUCCGUUGAUGAGCUCUAUGGGAACAAAUAUGGUGGCAACACCAUCUUCGUCUCAAGUAAGUCCCUCAAUGCAAAGCCAGCAGCACCAGAUACAGCAGCUCCAGCAGCAACAGAUGCAGCAGAUGCAACAGCAGCAGCUACAUCAGCAUCAAAUGCAUCAGCAAAUACAACAACAGAUGCAACAGCAGCAUUUUCAGCACCACAUGCAACAGCACUUGCAGCAGCAGCAGCAGCAUCUUCAGCAGCAAAUUAAUCAGCAGCAAAUGCAACAGCAACUGCAGCAUAUACAGCUUCAGCAAAUGCAGCAGCAGCAAAUGCAGCAUAUGCAACACCAGUCCCAGCCUUCUCCUCCGCAGCAUUCUCCAGUAGCCUCUCAGAUCACUUCUCCCAUCCCUGCCAUUGGGAGCCCUCAGCCAGCACCUCAGCAGCACCAGUCACAAAUACAAUCUCAGACACAGACUCAAGUAUUAUCGCAGGUCAGUAUUUUCUGAAGAUAAACCAUCUUGCAACAUGGCUUUGUGUUGGUGGAGGGGGUAGGGGUAAACCAUAUUUGGCUGAAAACUGUAAAUUGUUGAUGGUAGUUAUGCAGGGAUGCAUAACAGAUCAAAUGAUCCUCUAAAGUGUCUAUUAGAUAGGCAAUAAAGAACUACAAUGUAGCUGUGUGUCAUCUUUUAGCUGACUAUAAAUCUUUUUUUUUUUUUUUAAAAAAAAAGCUGUGCUCUUUUUCAUGUGAUGCCUUUUUAAUUUAUUUAAGCUUUACCUACAAUAUGUGAAACAAAUGGCCUAAUAAAUACCUGGACCUUAUGACUGCAAAAUGGCCUUUCAGAGUUUUAUGAUAUAACCCUUCUUUCUCUAAAAGCAGAUAAUGCACUUCAAGGCAGUAUGAACUCAUGAAGCCCUUAAAGCACAGUUGUAACUACCUGUAAAAUGAUGAUUGGAUUUCAUACAAUCAUACUUAUAUGACAUGAGUUAGUUGAUGGCAUUUUUUGUCAUGAAAAAAUAGAGUAAAUCACAGAUUUUUGCCAAAGCUCUUAAUUUCUUUUUUCUCUCCUAAAUGUCUUCGGAAAAACAAAUGCAAGUAACGGAACUUAAAUGUUUGACCCACCCUUUCACUUCAUUUCUCCAAAUAAACCUGCCAUCGUUUGUAAGAAAAUAUAUAUUGACAUUUACCCUUUUAUGUUAAUUCCGAUUACAGAACAAAUGUGAAUAUUAUAUUCUGUGUUCAAGUGAUGAGUUUCAGAUUUAAUACACUGUAUUUUUAAAAGGGAAAUGCACUUAAAUAAAACUGUUAUUACAGAAAGCUAAGAUGAAAAAUGCAAGAGUUUUUAAUACGCUGUAAAACCAGUAGAAUAUUUAAAUGAAACUCCACAACCGAAUAAUCAAUGUAAAUAUUUUCUUUAAAAGUUGUAAGUUUUCAUAUCAUGUGUUGUAAAGUUUUCAUAAAUGAGGCUUUAAUGUAAACACUGGUAACAUGAAUUAUUAAUUGCUACAUUGCUUAUUGUGUUUUUAUGCUGUUUUAUACUUUUUUAUGAGUUAUGAUAGCAGCAAUUAAGUUGUUUGUAUUUUGCUUAUCUAAAAUAAAUGCUUUUAUCUUGCUAUAGAAUAAACACAUUUCAGUAAAACCAACGGGCAUAAGUCUUUGAUAGAAAAACCAGAAACAUUUCCAUAUGAAAACACUUUCUUGGGAGAUUUAUUUAACUUUUUUAGAUUUUUAUUUUAUCAAGUAUAGUGAGUUAAAUAGGUACCGAUCGGAAUCGAGUGUGCGAUCAGCUCUCGCAUCCGUAGAGACGUGCUGGUGAAGAGUGGCGUGCAACUUGCCUGAGGUUCCUGCGCCUGACUUCAGAGCGAGGAAGAAGCAGGUGGUAGAAUUACAAAGCAUCCGUGGUACCCCGUUUAUCCACAGGAACAGGACAGAGAACCUGUCUCUCAGCAGUAGUGUUCAGAGGUGCAAAUAAGCACAAAUUGUGGUUUUCUGUGUAUCUUUGAGUUUCAGAUGUAAACGCAGCUACUGCCACGGGCGUCCCAUCUGUAAGGCCCUAAAUCUGACUGAUCCCGAGUUGUCUGACUUAUGUUUAUCAUAAAAGCAGGACAUGAUAGAGGAGGGGUGGAGCGGGCAGAUAUUUUGUAGGAAGGAUUUGGAAACACUCCCAUCCGAUGUGGUGGCAGGAUAUUAGUGCUGUUUAUACAUUUUUCCUCUUGACAGAAAGGAGAAAUCCUUUAUUUUCUUCUUUCCCUUCUUUGCCUGCAAUAGCUGUGCUGCAAGUGCAGUCUGACCACUAUCCCCAGUUGUCUUGCAUGAUUAAUUACAGCAUCUGUCCUGUCAGAAGCUAUAAUGAAGAGGUCUUGAUAAAAAUUGCAAAUUACCACUGGCAACAAUCUUAAACUGCUUAUGAUAAAACGAAAAUUAAAAACAGCAAGUGUCAAACCUGAGUAGCAUCCUAAUCCUGUUUGAGGCGGUGUCCAUGGCUACCACGCUCAGGCCACAACCGAAAAAUAAUGGAAUAUAGGUCCCCAAAAAGUUGCAGCCAGACUUGAGGGAAGAGGUACUAUACUGUGUGAGUUUAUUAAUAAUGAAUUCA